AUGAUCAACUUCAUGGACAAUCCAAGCCAACCACUCCAUAGACAACAACACCCAUUCAAUAGAGAAAUUACAACCAAUCCUUUCUCCCAAUCUCGUUCCCGCAAUGUACUAAGAUCAUACCGCGCUCGCUCGGCGCCCUCGAACGAUUCUCCACCUCCGUUUUCGUCCUCCAAUGCUUUCUCUCCGUCCGCAGAGCCCUCCCAGCAGUCGCAGCCGUCAGAUACACCCGCUCUUCAUGGCCGUGACGUAUUAUUCUCACUCCAUCCUCGAGUUGCAGUGAUUCUAGGCGUUGACCGCCGCUGGUAUAUUCCCUUGUUGCUUUGUCGGGGCCUUAGUGUCCUUCCGGCGGCAUGGUGGGGCUUGCGUUGUGCUUUCACGUUCUUAGCAGAGCUACUGCGUAUCAGGCCCCAUUUUUGGCAUGAGGGGUGGACAGCGGCUAUUGUGAGGGGUGCUGCGGCCGAUUGGGACGUGGAGAGGCGGUUCAGGGUUACAGAAGUGGCAUUGGCUAUUAUUUGGUGUUCGGCGUCUGCAUAUUUAUUUUAUUUUUUUACAGAUUGUAUGAUGUCUAGAUGGCUUCUUAAUUAUACACCCGCUGCUGUUGUGAUUCGACUUUUGGCUACAAACGGCCUUCUUGCCUACCUCACGUCGUGGAUCCUUUAUCUAUCCGGUGCCUCCUCAGAUCCCCGCCUCCUGCUUCCAGCCUGGAUAUCAAUUGCAUCGUUGCAUCUUACACGCGAAAAUGAACCUGAAGUCCCAUUAUUUGUUAUGGGGAAGGAAAUACUGGAAUUUGGCGUGCAGAUGAUUGCUCAAUACCGGUUUGGAGGUGAGGGAUCAACUGGAUAG